UGCCCACUUCACCUGCACCUGCACCACGGGGCUCUGGCAUAGCCCCAGGACUUCGAACGACUUCAUCGUGUAACGCUUCAGAAUCUGUUGUCAUGGAUGGAGACACAGAAUACGACAGAGCUGAAGAUGUUGUGGGCUCCUACGUUGAAGAUGCUGUAACAUUUUGGGCACAGAGUGUCAGUAGAUGUAAUGACUUAGUGAAAAUAAGUUCUGCACUGGCAGAAGCUUGUCCUCAGGCCAAUGCAGUUUUUGGCAAACCUGAUUUUAGUAAGAUUUAUGGUGGCUGUUUUUCUGAAGAUAGGUGUUGGUACAGAUGUAUGGUACAGCAAGUGAUCAACAGUGAAAAGUGUCGGGUCUUGUAUAUUGACUAUGGAAAUUCUGAGGUUCUGAACAGAUCAGACAUAGUUGAAAUUCCACCAGAAUUGGAAUGUCCAAGUGCUGCCAAGAAGUACAGACUCUGGGGACUGCAGAUACCAAAUAAUCACAACUUAAACAUGUUUGACCAGGGCAGGAAGUUUUUGAGCAGCCUGAUUUAUGACAAAGUAAUUAAAAUACAUCUCAAAGCCAAACAUGAAGAUGGUAGUAUUAUUGCCCAGGCAAAAUAUGAAAAAACAGAUAUUGGAGAGGAGGUGGCCAAGGCAGGGUUUGCUGAGAAAUGGUCAUCUCCAGGAAACACUAAAGACCUGGAAGAGAGAAGGGGAGAUGUCGUGCAAAGUCCUCAUCAGAAGGCAAAAGCUUCAGUUCCGCAGUGGCUUAACAGGCCUCAUCACACCCCAAGAGGGCAAUUUGACCAAGUAACUGUUGGGACAAGGAAACAGAAUCAUACUGGAAACCGUAUGUUUGCCCCGAAAGAGAAAAUACAGGCUUCUGCCUCAGUGCCAGACACAAGCUUUGCACAAACAAGAUCAGAUUGGAAACAGAAUGAAGAGAUAGAAGUUCUCAGAAGAGAGAAUGCUAAUCUCUUAAAGAGGCAGAAGGAACUAGAACUGGAGAAUCAUCAGCUGAAACUUGAACUUCAGCACCACUUUGAGGAAACCCUAAGUACUUACAUUGGCGUGAGGAUGAGAAAUUUGGCUGCUAAGGUGAAGAUACUGAAAGAAGUUAGGCAUACAAACAAGAACCAUUGUUUUCUGGAGCAGCUCUCAGAAAUGAUAGGAGUGGUUACAGAGGGAUGUCUCCUUGUUCCAUCUUCCUUGGAAAGAAUGGAAACAAUUUGGAAAGAGUACGAGCUGGCUCAAGAGAGGAUUCAGUUGUGCAGAGAUGUGGAUGAAAGAGAUACAUUAAUUACCAAGAGAGAUGAGGUGCAGCAGAACUUGUAUUCAGCAGUGGAAGAAUUAAUUGCAGAAGUGGAUCGGCUGCCCCUGUCUGAGCGCUCAAGAAUGUUACAGGAACUGUCUCCUUCUCUGGAGAUGAUGGCUGGUCAAGGUUCUGAAGUAGAUGACUCUGUAGAGGCAUUUCAGCAGUUCUUUGAAUGGAAGAGUGUCAAAAUGAAUAAAUUAAUCCAUGUCAGAAAUAAUACGGACACAGCUCUGCAGAUACUUGCUGACUGGUUUGGGGGAAACUUAAAGUGUUUUGACAUGAUGUCAGAAGCAUCUUCAGAUUUGGAGGAAGGGAUUGGCAAUGCAGAUGAAAUUCUCAAAAAGGUUGAGUUGGCUAUUUGUGAAGAACUGGAUAAUGACUUAAAUAAGCAGGAUGAAGCAGAGAAGAGAAUAAUCAUGAGUGCUUGCAUUCAACUUCUGCAUAAAGUUCAGCAAGAGCAAAGUAUGAUCACUGUGAUACAGCAGAGAUACUCAUCUGGUGUUGAGUUCAAAAAGCAUUGUGAGGAAUGGCUGAAUAGAAGACCCAACAUUAACAUCUUGCUCUCAGUUAAGAAAACGGUGAAAAGCUUAAAGGCCCAGUUAAGGUGCAAGCUGGUUGAAAAGAACAACUUUGAGGAAUCUGAUGACUACAGUGCAUUUGAAAUGACAAGGAUUAAAGAGGAAAUUGCUGAUCUGCGAGAUAGGGUUCUUCAGGAAAUAUCCAAGGAGCAAGAAGAAUAUGAGAAGCUUACUGUUUUGGCACAGAAAUGGUUUCCUGAGUUACCACUUCUUUAUCCAGAAGCAGGAAUACUGAACUAUAUGAACUCUGGUGGACUUCUGACAUGCAGCCUGGAGCGAGAGCUUUUGGAUGCUGAGCCUGUGGAGGAACUGAGCACGAAGAGACUUUUAGUGUGUUCAGGAAUUCGGGGUCAGAAAGUUCUUCUAAAGGGUUACUUUGUAGAUGUAAGCUCAGAAGCGGAAGUGAUUGAAAGAGUUGCCAAGUAUCACAGAGCCUGGAAUCAGCAGAAGGAGAAGUCUGGAUUACUGCAACUGUUGUUUGUUCUUUUCUGCAAGUCUGAUCCCUUGGUGUACUUAAUGGUCCCAUACUAUCCAGGAGCAAGUCUGAAAGCUUUACAGGCUGGUGCACCUUUAAGCUUAGAAGAGGCAUUAAAAGUCAUGAAAGGAGUGGCCCAAGGUCUACAGGCAUUGCAUGGAGCUGAUAUAGUACAUGGAUCUCUGCAUGGAAAUAAUGUUUUUGCUGUAAAUCGUGAACAAGGAGUUGUUGGCGACUUCGAUUUCACCAAAUCAGAGGAACAGCGUGCUGCUGCGAACAAUAUGGUCGUCGGUACCCUGAGCUUAGUUUCUCCUGAAUUGAAAAUGGGAGAGCCAGCUUCUUCAGCCUCUGACAUGUAUGCUUAUGGCUGCCUUCUGCUCUGGCUUUGUGUUCAAAACCAGGAGCUGGAUGUAAAAGAAGAUGGAACACCUGAGUUGGAUGUGCUUGUCAUGGAUGAUAGAGUUAAAUCUCUUCUCCUGAAAUUGUUGUGCUGUGGCAGACUGAGUGCUGAGCAGGUGCUGAGGGAUGAUUGCUUCCUGGGAGUUGAUAUGAAUCCAGUUUCACUGUGGCCAGGUGAAGAGCAUGGGCCAUGUGAAAAGCAUGUCUCUGAGAAAACAGGUGAAAAUAAAAUUGUUUAACUGAGGAGGAUGAAGCAAGCCCUACUCAAAUAGAUAAGGAACUCUCAUCAGGUGUUUGAUUGAGAAUUCUGUUUCUUGUUUGGCUUUUAAGUCAUUGUCCUGAUCUGAACUCCAAAGAAGUAUUUGGGGUUAUGAGUGUAGUGUUAUUGAUUGUGUUUGUAGUUUGUCAGCCUUUGUCUUUGUUGUGUAGGCUUUACACUUGCAGAGAAUGAGCUUGAUAGAUGACAAGAGGUCUUUAAGAUGACUCUUUAGAUAUGUAUUUUUGUAUCUAGUUUUCUAUCCCUUUUCUUGCUGUGAUUCUGGAUAAUGUGUUCCUUUUUGAGAUGCUCUCUAAGGUGCUACUUUGCUGCUGGAGACUUCUUGUGGUCACAUAGACCAGUUGUUCCUAGAGGAAAAGCCUUGAAGAUUUAAAGAACUCUCAGAAAGCCAACAAAUAAACUCUGUAAAACCAACCAACAAAUCAAAAAACCCAACACCCCUCCCUGCCCCAGAACUGAGCAAAACCAAAACAAAAGCCAGUGCCAGAAAACCAAACCAAACUGAAAACCACAAAAGCCCUACUGUGACAACUGGUGUAGGAGACUGAGAGCACCCUGCAUUUCUUAGUCUUUCUGCAUUUACAAACUGCAGUUGGCUUUCUAGAGAGCAGAUAUUCCUCUAGUUACUCCUCUACAGCACUCCUGCCAACCACUAUACUGUAAACACACAUCUGCAAAACCUGCUGCUGCUUUGUUCAGUGGAAGUGUGUGUAUUAUCUGUUCCUAAAUGUUGUUCCCAUUAGCAAUAAAGGUGUGCUCUUCACGAGCAGGUUUGUUUGCCUGCUCCACUUUGCUGUUAAUGUUACCUUUGAAAGAGUUUUGUCAGUUGUUGUUACAGGAAGUCGUUGCUUAUCUUUAUGAAGGUUUUCCUUCUUGGAAAGAAGCAGUUCAACACGUGCCGAGUUGCUGUAGCAAUAUAUUUAGCCUCUGGGUGUUGCUGUUGGACAGCACUGUUGACAGAUGAGCAUUUUGCAGAGGAGUUAUCGAAGCUGCUUGUUGUGGGAUGAAUGUGAAAAGUGAUGUGGAGUGGGCAUGAAGCAGCAGCAGGGGGAAUUAGUCCUUGGGUGCAGUCCGCAGUGGACAGAAGAUACCACUUUGGCAGGUCCAUCUGCAAUAUCAGACUUUGUUAUCCGUUAAACCUCUCAGUUGUUUUUUGUAGGCUGGCAUGUAAGAUAGAUCAUCCAGUUUUUCAUUAGAGAAAUAAGAACCCUGAUCUUUCAUGUAUAUGUAACUGGUGCAAACAAAAUCUUUGUUAAAAACCAUUCUGAAUGUAGAGUUUUGGGCAAGCAUUGAUAAAAUCUUUAAUUGCAGAAGAAUGGUGCUUAGGUUUUGGUCAAUGAAAAUAAAGUUUCUCUCUCUAAAUACUGAUUGCAGUCUUUCACUGUUAAUGAAAGCCUACCUUUAAGUCUUCCAAGAUCUGUUAAGCUUUUGACAUUAACCUGAUGUUAUUUGUUAUGCUGUGUCACGUGGAUUGGAAUAAAUGCUUUGGAAUUCAUGUCA